GUAGAUUAUGGAAAGUGAUAAUAUUAUUAGAGCCUUUGUAGAGUAUUUAUAUACAUAGAGAGUAGGGUUUAGGAGUAGACUAAUUACAUAGAGAUCCUCUACUAUUUAUAUUUACAUAUAUAUACAAUAGUAGUUACAGUACAAAAAGAAUCAUAUUUUACCUAAUUCUGAUUACGAAUAAAAAUAUACGUGAUAUGCCUACAAAAUUAUUUUUGUAAAACUCUGAUUAGGAAUAAAAAUAAUUUGGAGACUGGAAUAAGAGAAGUGAGAAGCUGAUGACAAGGUCAUCGACCCCAUUAGUAUAGUCUUACGCACGUUUAUUCCUCGGCUUCUGUCACAACCGCGUGAGCUAACACUGUCCAUGUUAUUCUAUUUUUGUUAUCAAUUUUAAAUUUAUCAAAAUCCACAUAGUGGUCAUUAAAAAAUUUAAGAAAAAAACUAGUUCAAUGUACCCUUUUAGCAUAGCCAUUUCCUUAUAUACAUGAAAAUGUUUUUUAAUUGUCAUGUUGUUCAAUUAAUGUAUACAUACUUCAUUCUCUGCACGUCGAAAACUAAUAUUCUUUUUGGACAAACAUCAGAAAUUCGAAUUUUAGAAGUUAUAUAUAAAUAAAGCCUUCCUCACAGCCAAAUGGUGAUCAAAUAGAAUACCAAUUUAUAACGUGUUUCAUACAACACUCAAAAUUCGUAAGAAUGGCCGGUCUCCGAGUGCAAACGCUGAUCUUCGUUCUGGUGGGCGCGUUAGCGAUUCUAGAUCGUACAUUCGUGGAAGCAAACUUCGACAAGAAUUUUAUUGUUACAUGGGGUAAACAUCAUAUUGGAACGACUAACGGCAACCUUCGACUUGUCCUCGACAAAUCUGCAGGAUCUGCUAUUCGCUCAAAGGUGGCUCACUUGUUCGGAACUGUAGAAAUGCUUAUCAAACUUGUGCCAGGGAACUCUGCUGGAACCGUUGCAGCUUAUUACAUGUCGUCCACGGGAACUGCACACGACGAGAUAGACUUUGAGUUCCUAGGGAAUUCCACUGGCGAGCCGUACACGAUCCACACCAACAUAUUUGCUAAAGGGAAAGGAGAUCGCGAGCAACAAUUCAAACCAUGGUUUAACCCGACCAAUGGUUUCCACAACUAUACCAUUCAUUGGAACCCAUCUGAAGUUGUGUGGUUCGUGGAUGGAACUCCAAUCAGAGUUUUUAGGAACUACGAGAAAGAAGGAAUCGCAUACCCAAACAAGCAAGGUAUGAAAGUGUUUGCGAGUCUAUGGAGCGCAGACGACUGGGCGACACAAGGAGGUCGAGUGAAGACAAACUGGACACAAGCACCGUUUGUCGCUGAGGGCCGUAGGUACAAGGCAAGAACUUGCUUGUGGCAAGGACCGGCUAGCAUCAAGCAAUGCGCAGACCCAACCAUCAAGUCUAAUUGGUGGACUUCACCGUCGUUUAGCCAGCUAACUCGAUCGCAAAUAGACAGGAUGCAAAAGAUACGAUCUGGCUUCAUGAUCUAUGAUUACUGCAAGGACACUAACAGGUUCAAAGGUGUCAUGCCUCCCGAAUGCUCCAAGAGACAAUUCUAAUCAAAGUUUUUUUUUCCUAAUAUAUUUUCCCCUUUUUUGAAUUACAAUCGUAAUAUGUUUUCUUUGUGUGGAAUUCGUCUUGUGUGUUGAUUCAUUUAUAAUUUUCCAUUUAUAUAAUAAACAAGGAUAAGUUUGUUCUU